ACCAAAAACAAACAUAAACCAGAUCAAUUUUCAUUUUACCUUAAUCCUCUCUUCUUUCUCAAAAAAACCGUUUCCUCUUAUUUAGAAAAAAAAUAAAUAAAUAAAAAUAAAGAGAAAGAAAACAGAACAGAAUCCUUCUCUCUCUUUUUCUGCUGCCGAGGAUCCAUACGGCAGAAGCCAACACAGAGAUGGAGGAGUUUAAGGAGGCUAAUUGGACCCUUUUUCUGCCGACAGGGAUCCACAUGGCACAAGCUAAGAGAGAGAUAGAGGAGUUCAAGGAGGCUAACUGGACCCGCGGCGGCGAGUGGAAGAUCGAGAAGACGGAUUCUAACUCUCUCUCAGCCUCACCUAAUGCAUGGCAACCAAUAUCGAACAACGGUCAUUCGACAACUCCGACUCCUCCACGUUCUAGAUUGGCUCCACCGUUUCUGCCGGCACCGCAGCCGUGGAAGACAAAAAGUGAUGUUGUUUACAGGGCUAUUGAUUAUUCCAAAUAUAGUAAAUAUACUGCUCACAAACCUUCGCAUUCCUGGGGUGGGGAGUCGGAGCUGAGUAGGAAGCGGCGCGUGGUGAUGUACAAUUCGUACACUGCCGAGAGCCAAAUGAAGACAUCGUUGAGGAAUGGAUUUCGAUGGGUUAAGAACAAGUAUUCCCAGAUUGUAUAUGGGUACUAACAAUGGUGGUCAAGAAGAAAUUGCCUUUUCAUUUCCGAAAGCUUCAUCCAUUUUCUUGGAAGAUUUCGGAGUCAAUUUGUGUCAUCCAAUAUAUUGUUUUCGAUUUUCUUCUUGAUUUUAUUUUGGUUAAUGAAUAAAAUGGAGAGGAAUGU